AUGUGGCAAAUCGGUUCUGCAUGGAUUGUGCUGCUGGCCCUGGGCCUCGGUGUGACUUCGGUGUUUGCUCGUACUGCGAAUCAAACUCGGACCGUGAAUCAAACUCGUACUGGAGAGUUCAGCAUUGAUGAACUGCUCUUGUUGAAUAGACAGUUUCUGGACUUCCUCAUCGCUUACGAUGAUUCGGCGGUAGUGCAACCCGCUGAUCGACAGUGCCUUGGAAGGAUGCAACAACUAUCCACGGCUUAUCUGAAUCGGGAACGCCACGGGUUGCAGUGGUUUGAUUCAUGGGGUAAAAUCCCGUCGGGGCUUUAUCAUGGCAAUGGAAAUGCUUUCGGAAACUACGACCAGUGCCGACAGUACCGCUGGCAGGAUGUUCGUGGACAGCACUGUACUUUUCUCUCCAUGAUUUCGCCUGACUGGCCAGUUCUUACGUCUUCCCUGUGUGUACCGCAUGUUUGUGCACCGGAAUUUGCUCGCCAGUUGUACGGUGAAUAUCUGGCUACUCGGGGCGCUAUGGUUAUAACCGAACUGAAUCAAAACAAUCUGUGCAUUCAAGACCGGGACGUGGAGUUCAACGGUGCCGUGAUAACUGCUAUGGUAAUAUUUUCUUUGAUUGCGGCUGCCGUGGCCGGUUGUACCACGUAUGAGUUGCUUCAGGUGACCUUGAAACGGGACGUUAACAAACUGUACAGUUCGUUCUCACUGUACCGAAAUGUGCUUAGUAUUCUACACAUCGUGCCGACGAAGCCCAAGGACGGCACAAGGAAUUCCGAAACGAUCGAAUGUGCGCACGGAGUGCGAGCUCUUUCGAUGAUCUGGAUUAUCGUGGUGCAUAUCCACGAAAGCAUUGCUCCCGUUCCGGUGAACAACGAGGUGGCAAAGCAGGAGUAUUUGGGCAGCUUUGGUGCGGUCGUUAUCUUCGGAAUGGGUUAUCUAGCUGUGGACACUUUUUUGGUUUUGAGUGGCAUGUUGGUGGCAUGGAACCUGCUGAAGGAGUUGGAUAAGAACGGGAAGAUAAAUCCUCUGAUGCUGUAUCUUCACCGGUACAUUCGAAUUACGGCUCCGUAUGCUGCCUUGGUACUGUUUGUUGUUUCAUUCGCUAAAUACAUGGGAGAAGGUCUUCUAUGGCAGAGUGUAAUAGAUGCAAGUGCGGAUACUUGUUCAAAAUAUUGGUGGUCAGCUCUGCUGCACAUUCAAAAUUAUGUUAAUCCCAGAAGCAUGUGCCUCGGAUGGACCUGGUAUCUUUCUGUUGAUAUGCAGCUAUACAUCAUCGGACCAGCUCUUAUCUAUCCGCUGUGGCGAUUUGGCAAACGAGUAUUAAUCGGAAUUGGCUUUCUGGCAUUGCUAUCGAUAGCAUGCGUCUUUACGACCUUCCUCGUGAAUGAUUUUCGGAUUCAUCCGAGCGCUCCAAAUUCGCAGGAUCGUUCGGUUAGGACUUACUAUCCGACACACGCUCGGAUGGCUGUCUGGCUGCUUGGCACCAUCUUUGGGUACAUACUGUACACGACUAAAUCAACGGGCGUUCAACUGGCAAAGCGUUAUUACGCCAUCGGUUGGUCGACCUGCUUUGCGCUGCUCGGAUUGAUGACGUAUUCAUUGUACGAAUUCAUCCGAACGGAUUUCAACGAGUUCUCCAACGUCGCAGAUGCCUUCUUCGAAGCGCUUCACCGGUCCGUGUUUGCGAUUUGCGUUAUGUGGAUUAUCUUCGCCUGCGUUAACGGAAAGGGCUGGCUUAUCAACGAUUUCCUGAGCUCUUCUCUGUGGCAACCGCUUUCGAAGUUAUCCUUUACGAUGUACCUGCUGCACCUUCAAAUGAUAUUGAUGGCAUCCAUAGCUCCGGUAAAAACGUACGGAUAUUUCAGCGUUAUGGACUUGUUCUACCGUGUCUGGGGCGCACUAGGGCUGACCACGAGCAUAGCCCUACUGUGGAGUGCAAUAUUCGAGAUUCCAUUCGUUACCCUGGAUAGACUGCUGCUCAGGAGUUAA